UUUUUCGUUAUUUCUCAAAUUCUCUCUUUCUCUCUCUCACUUUCGCGCCAUGAUCGAACUACGCCGCAGCAGCGCCACCAAAGCCGCGGCAAUAACGGCAGCGGCGCCGUCGCUACUCAGCCGACUCACUGACUUCUUUGUGAGCCGAUUCUACUCCAACUCCGCCACAGCAGCUCAGCCACAACCCGACUCCGACUCCGACUCCAACUACUACUACUACAACCACAAGCUGCCGCGUCGUUACGGUCCAAUUCCAAUGUCGGAAUCGGAGGCCUUUGUUCCAACCAACCCGGUCCAGUGGUCUUUCAUAGGGAACCCGAGCGGCAAAAGGCACGCGUUCGCUCGAAGGAUCUCGAAGCUUCUUCAAGUCCCUCACAUUUCCAUUUCUACCCUCGUCUGUCAAGACCUCAACCCUCGCUCUUCUCUCUACAAACAGAUUGCAAAUGCCAUCAAUUGCGGGGCAAUUGUUCCAGAGGGUAUACUAUUUCGGCUGUUGUCAAAGAGGUUGGAAGAUGGGUAUUCCCGAGGUGAAAGUGGGUUUAUACUGGAUGGAAUUCCUUGUUCAAGAAUCCAGGCUGAGAUCCUUGACCAACUUGGCAAGAUUGAUCUGGUUGUGAAUUUCAAAUCCAUGGAGGAUAGCUUCAUGAAGCACCAUGGAGGCGGUACCUCGAGGGAAAGAAUCGAACAGUAUGCAAAGCAGAGCAAGGCACUGGAAGAUUAUUACAGGAAACAGCAAAAGCUUCUUGAGUUUCAAGUUGACAGUUCACCUGGUGCGAAUUGGCCUAGGCUUUUGGCUGCUUUACAUCUGAAACAUAUAGUUGCUGCUCGCACUUCACAUAAGUUCAAUACAGGGAUCGAUCGGUGUUAGCUUAAUACUAAUAUUCUGUCCAUGUUUGAAGUGCUUACUAUAAAUAAGUAAUGUGAAUCACAUGAUAGGCCUAGAGUUGCAGUUCUGACAACUAACUUGUAAUAUAGUUUUUGCAAUCUAGGAAACAACCGUACUGAGCUUCUACCAACGACUUCUUUGUUUUUCUUUCCUUACUUUGUAAAAUGUAAGAUUUUUGGUAAGUAAGCUCAAUACAAAUGAAAGGAUGUCAGGAUUUUGACAUAAGAAAAAUUGUAGGUUGAAGAUUGA